UCAAUUUGGAGUUUCUACCCAGUGCAAUGUCUUUGAGGAUCUUUGGUAUACUGGUAUUGUUAGUGACCCUUAUGGAUAUUCCCAUGGCUUUGGGAAAAAAAGGCGUCGAGUAUAAAUGGUGCACUAGGGCUGUCGAUGGAUUUUGUGCCAAUUAAGUUGUACAAUCUUUUAUUUUCUUUAUUUUAUAGAUCUUAAAAAUAAAGUAACAGCCAAGUAACCCAAGAAUUUUUUGAUUAAGCAAAUACUUUGAAUAGUAAUAUAAAUAUAAAGAACUGAAAACAUAAUAAAACAACAUGCAGGCAGUUGACAAUGAGCCCAAGCGGACAAAGAGAUAUGUCGACGAAGUGUUUAGCCAAAUUCAGGCCAAGCCUGGCGUGGAGGACAUACUCAUCAUGAAUCAUUCGGGCGUGCCUGUCAAAACGUCAAUGGAACGUCAGGAGGGACUGCAGUAUGCUUGUCUCUACGACAACUUGCGGGAAAAGUGCCAGGCAUUCCUCUCCAAAAUGGAACCACCUCAAACCCUAACCCUUCUGCGGGUUCGCACCAAGUUCAAUGAGGUUUUAAUCUCACCAGAUGCCAAAAUAACUGUGUUGGUUGUCCAAAACGCCAAAGAUACUUUCCUCAAACUUAAAGAGAAAGGUGCUACCAUGGAGUAAUAAUCAAACACUUGAUUCGCCGAGAACCCUUCGAUUAGGGCCCCACAAUUGUUUAUUAAUCUACACCUGUUUGAAGACAAAUGUAUUGCAAAAAUAAAGCUUAAAGUUAAUAAAAUAAAGCCAAUGGCUAACAACAGUUGUCCAGGCACAGACUUCUGAAGAACAUUGAAAA